CUAAGUACCUAUCAGUUUUGACAGGCAGACACGCACUUAACUUGGUAGCAGCAGGGAUUAGAUCAACAGUGAAAACAAAGAAAAGAACAGUACUCUUCUCCUUCUACUUCGCCUCUGCAACAGCUGCAAUUCCUACACGCCCACCAAAAUCCGUGUCUAAUAGGAGAGCUCAGAAAUUGCAUUAAUGGCGACCACGGAGAGUGCCUCUUGGCAACCGCAGGAAGCUGGGUUGAAGGAGAUCUGUGGGUUGCUGGAGCAUCAGAUUUCUCCUUCUUCUUCUGUUGAUAAAUCCCAGAUUUGGCAGCAACUCCAGCACUACUCUCAAUUCCCCGAUUUCAACAAUUACCUUGUUUUCAUUCUAACUCGCGCCGAGGGUAAAUCUGUGGAAAUUCGACAAGCUGCUGGUCUGCUGCUGAAAAACAACCUCAGAGUUGCAUAUAAAUCGAUGACUAUGGCUCACCAACAAUUUAUUAAGUCAGAGUUGUUGCCUUGUUUGGGAGCAGAAGAUAGGCAUAUAAGGUCAACGGUUGGGACCAUUAUUAGUGUUCUUGUUCAAAUAGGCGGAAUUUCAGGGUGGCCUGAGCUGUUGCAGGCCCUUGUAAAUUGUUUGGAUAGUAAUAAUCAAAAUCACAUGGAAGGUGCUAUGGAUGCUUUGUCAAAGAUUUGUGAGGAUAUCCCACAAGUUUUGGAUUCAGAUGUACCUGGGUUAUCUGAUCGCCCCAUCAAGAUUUUCCUUCCUCGGUUUUACCAUUUUUUCCAGUCACCACACAGUUCGUUGAGAAAGCUUGCCUUGGCCUCUGUUAAUCAGUACAUUAUGUUAAUGCCUGCUGCUUUAUAUGCAUCUAUGAGUCAAUAUCUUCAGGGUUUGUUCACACUUGCUCGCGAUCCUGCUUCAGAAGUGCGGAAAUUGGUUUGUGCAGCUUUUGUUCAGUUAAUUGAAGUCCGUCCAGUUUUCUUAGAGCCACAUAUUAGAGAUGUUAUUGAAUAUAUUUUACAAGUCAACAAGGAUGGUGAUGAUGAAGUGGCCCUUGAAGCAUGUGAAUUCUGGUCUGCAUACUGUGAUGCUCAGUUACCACCUGAGAACUUGAGAGAAUUCCUGCCCCGUCUAAUUCCAGUUUUGUUGUCAAACAUGGUUUAUGCUGAUGAUGAUGAGUCGCUUGUUGAUGCUGAGGAGGAUGAGUCUCUCCCAGAUCGUGAUCAGGAUCUGAAACCACGUUUUCAUUCAUCACGAAUUCAUGGUUCAGAUGGUGUGGAUGACGAUGAUGAUGACAUAGUUAAUGUAUGGAAUUUAAGGAAAUGCAGUGCAGCUGCUCUUGAUGUUCUAUCAAAUGUGUUUGGAGAUGAGAUUCUUCCAACACUAAUGCCUGUUGUUCAGAGCAAGAUGUCUGCCACUGGCGAUGAAGCCUGGAAAGACAGGGAAGCAGCUGUCUUGGCUCUUGGUGCUGUAGCUGAGGGUUGUAUUAAUGGUCUUUAUCCUCAUCUGUCUCAGAUUGUGGAAUUUCUUAUUCCCUUAUUGGAUGAUAAGUUCCCCCUCAUACGGAGUAUUUCUUGCUGGACACUUUCUAGAUUCAGCAAAUACAUUGUUCAGGAAAGUGGCCAUGAAAAAGGAUUUCAACAAUUUGACAAGGUCCUUAUGGGUCUUUUACGGAGAAUAUUGGAUACUAACAAGCGGGUCCAAGAGGCUGCUUGUUCAGCUUUUGCAACACUAGAAGAGGAGGCUGCUGAAGAGUUGGCACCACGCUUAGAGAUUAUUCUACAGCACCUCAUGUGUGCUUUUGGGAAAUAUCAGAGACGGAAUCUCAGAAUUGUAUAUGAUGCUAUUGGAACUCUUGCAGACGCUGUUGGAGCAGAACUGAAUCAGCCCACUUAUCUUGAGAUUCUGAUGCCACCAUUGAUCGGGAAGUGGCAGCAGCUUUCAAAUUCAGAUAAAGAUCUUUUUCCAUUGCUUGAGUGCUUUACAUCCAUAGCACAGGCACUGGGUCCAGGGUUCUCUCAAUUUGCUGAGCCUGUGUUUCAGAGGUGUAUAAAUAUCAUCCAGAGCCAACAUGUGGCAAAGGUAGAUCCUGUUUCAGCUGGAGUACCAUAUGAUAAAGAGUUUAUUGUCUGCUCUCUGGAUCUACUCUCUGGACUUGCUGAAGGUCUUGGCAGUGGGAUAGAGAGUUUGGUUUCACAAAGUAGUUUGAGGGACCUGCUUCUGCAAUGUUGCACAGAUGAUGCCUCUGAUGUUCGACAAAGUGCCUUCGCACUCCUUGGGGACCUUGCAAGAGUGUGUGCUGUUCAUUUGCGCCCUCGACUGCCUGAAUUUCUUGAUGUCGCAGCCAAGCAACUGAACACUCCCAAGCUCAAGGAAACUGUGUCAGUAGCAAAUAAUGCUUGUUGGGCAAUUGGAGAAUUAGCAGUCAAGGUUCAUCAAGAAAUUUCUCCUGUUGUUAUGACUGUCAUGUCAUGCUUAGUUCCAAUCCUUCAACAUUCAGAGGAGCUGAACAAAUCCCUGAUUGAAAAUAGUGCAAUCACACUUGGGAGGCUUGCAUGGGUUUGUCCUGAGCUCGUAUCACCACAUAUGGAGCAUUUUAUGCAAUCAUGGUGCAUUGCUUUGUCUACGAUUCGUGAUGAUAUUGAAAAGGAGGAUGCUUUCCGAGGUCUAUGUGCAAUGGUUCGAGCAAAUCCUUCGGGAGCUUUAAAUUCACUUGUUUUCAUGUGCAAAGCUAUAGCAAGUUGGCAUGAAAUAAGGAGCGAAGAGCUGCACAAUGAAGUUUGUCAGGUGUUGCAUGGUUACAAACAGAUGCUUAGAAAUGGAGCAUGGGACGAGUAUAUGUCUGCUCUGGAGCCUCCAGUGAAGGAAAAGCUGUCAAAAUAUCAAGUAUAAUAGAAUUCAAGUUAUGCUUGCUGGAACUUGUUGCAUAGUGUUUGGGUAUUCUCUUCUGGAUUUUUUUAUCACCUGUGACAGUUGUUUUGUGCUUUGGCCAAUAUUGUUGGCCACAAGUCAUUGGGCACAGACGUGGGUUUGGUCACUAUUUUUUCGAGCAAAGCAUUGGUAUUACCAUAAUUCCAUGAAGCUUGAAGGUAAUGUGCACCUCUUCAAAACAUUCAACGAAUUUGUUGUUUCGACUGCUUAUGGUUUUGGAAAAAAAAAAUGUAGAAAUGGUGAGUAGAGGUGCAGCUUCCAAGCUUUGGAGAGCAUUUUUCUUAUUGAUGAUUUGUGCUAGGAUGGCCAAUAAUUAUCUCAUUCAAGCUUCCAAUUCUUUUUGGGUGUGGGUUUUUUUUUUCCCUCUAGUUGCUAGGUUCUGUGUGAUUUCCACAGAUUUUUAUACAACAGGUUUUGAGAGUGAUUUGAUUAUUACUAGUUUUUUUUUUUUUUUUUUUUUCAUGUCUUUAUUAUUCAAGGUUUGUAACUAAUAGACUAGCAUGAAUUCAGCAUCUUGUUUCAUAGGAGACUGAGGUUGGGGUUUUGCAAACAAUCAUGUAUCAAUUAACUUUGUAUCUCAUAGUAUUUAUUCAGGUAGUAUUUUGUUUGGAUUUAAA